AAGGUUGACACAGACAUCCAAAAAAAAACUGAAGAAUGACAGAUUACGCUGAAGAGCAAGCCAAUGAACUAGAAGCUCUUCAAUCUAUUUAUCCUGAUGAAUUUGAAGCUAUUAGUGAGAAAGAAUUCACAAUUGCAGUGUAUCCUGAUGAACAAGACGAAGACCACCCACGUGGAUUAUCUCUUCAUGUGACAUAUACACCAAACUAUCCCGAUGAGCUGCCAGAAUAUGAGAUUGAAACAAUAGAAGGCACUAUUCCACAGACCUACUAUACAAAAAUCAAACAUUCUGUCAAAAACGCUGCCGAAGAAUCAGUGGGUAUGGCCAUGAUUUUCACGAUGGUAAUGGCUAUGAAGGAAGAAUUAGAUAAUAUCAAAUUGGAUGCGCAAAGAGCGGAGGAAGAAGAAUUGAACGAAAGAAAACGCAAAGAAGAGGAGGCUGAGCAAGCCAAAUUCACUGGUACUAAAGUGACAGUAGAGAGCUUUAUGGAGUGGAAGAAGAAAUUUGAUGCUGAAAUGUUGGAAAAGGAUGCAAUUCUAAAAGCACAAAGAGUAAAGGAAUUGAAGGGAAAACUGACAGGACGCCAAUUGUUCGAACAAGAUAAAACACUCGCCUUAUCAGAUGCGAAGUAUAUGGAAGAAGGCGAUGUGUCCGUGGAUGCGUCACAGUUUGAUAAAGAGGAGCGUGGCGGUGCAUUGGAUGAUGAGGAAGAUGAUGAAAAUGCUGUCUGGAAGCAACUGAAAAACGAGGAUUAAAUAUUAUUGCAUACUCCAAUGUUUAUAAUGGAUAGCAUUUACAAUCUCUUUCUUUCACGUUCCUCCUGUCCGCCAAAAAAAUAAAAAUCUACAAAAAAC